CCUCCCCAAUCGCGGCGUCGCUCCCGGAGAUGAUUUUGGGGCUGUUGAUUUUUUGGGGGGUCCUUCCCCCCCCCGCCGCCCCCCAGCCGCGCUUCUCGCCCGAGGCCUGGCUGCAGCAGUACGGGUACCUGCCCCCCGGGGACCUGCGCUCGCGGCCGCGCUCGGCGCCGGCGUCGCUCUCGGCGGCUCUGGCGGCCAUGCAGAGGUUCUACGGCCUCCCCGUCACCGGCACCGCCGACGCCGAGACCCUGCGGGCCAUGCUCCGCCCCCGCUGCGGCGUCCCGGAUAAAUUCGGGCCUCAGGUGAAGGCUCAGGUGAGGCGGCGCCGCUUCGCCCUGCAGGGACAGCGCUGGGAGCAGCCCGAGAUCACCUACAGCAUCCAGAACUACACGCCCAAGGUGGGCGAGGCCGGCACCCGCUCCGCCAUCCGCCGCGCCUUCCAGGCCUGGGCCUCGGCGGCGCCGGCGCUGCGCUUCCGGGAGGUUCCGUACGGGCGGAUCCGCUCCGGCGCCGCUCCCGGCGCCGACAUCAUGGUGAUGUUCGCCGAGGGCUUCCACGGCGACGCGGCGCCCUUCGACGGGCCCGGCGGGUUCCUGGCGCACGCCUACUUCCCCGGGCCCAACAUCGGUGGAGACGCGCACUUCGAUGGCGCCGAGCCGUGGACGGGACGAGGGGAUGAUCUGAGUGGGAACGACCUGUUCCUGGUGGCCGUGCACGAGCUGGGCCAUUCCCUGGGCCUGGAACAUUCCAGCGACCCCUCGGCCAUCAUGGCGCCCUUCUACCAAUGGAUGGACACCGAGGACUUCCAGCUGCCCGAGGACGACCGGCGCGGCAUCCAGCAGCUCUACGGUGAGGGGGGGGGGGGAAAGCUCCUCCUCCGGCCCCUCCCCCCGCCCCUCCCCCCCCCCUCAGGCCCCGCCCCUCCCCCCCCGGGCCCCCCCUACGGGCCCCGAAUUUGCGACGGCGGCUUCGACACCGUGGCCAUGCUCCGGGGAGAGAUGUUCGUCUUCAAGGAGCGCUGGUUCUGGCGGCUGCGCGGGGGGCAGCUGAUGCCGGGGUACCCGCUGCCCAUCGGCCACUUCUGGGCCGGGCUCCCCCCGAGCAUCGACGCCGCCUACGAGAGGAGCGACGGGAAAUUCGUCUUCUUUAAAGGCUCCCGGCACUGGGUGUUCGACGAGGGCGUCCUGGCCCCCGGUUACCCCCGACCUCUGUCCGAGCUCGGCCGCGGCGUCCCCAGCGACCGCCUGGACGCCGCCCUGCUCUGGCUGCCCAGCGGCCACACCUACCUCUUCCGGGGGGACAAGUAUUACCGCUUCAACGAGGCCCUGGGGGCUGUGGACCCCGACUACCCCAAGAGCAUCGAAGUUUGGGGGGUCCCCCCGGGCCCCCGCGGAGCUUUUAUGGGCCCCGACGAGGCCUUCACCUACUUCUACCGCUCCCACCUGUACUGGAAAUUCGACAACUCCGCCCUGCGCCCCCUGCCGGGCCACCCCAAAUCCGCGCUCCGUGAUUGGCUGAACUGCCCCUCCCCGGCCCCGCCCACUCCUCCGAUUGGUCGGGACGACGCUGAGGUCAUCGUCAUCGCGCUGGGGGCGGGGCCGGGGGCGCUGGCGGCCCCGCUGGCCCUGCUGGGAUUGGCCGGGCUGCUGGGGGGCGGGGCUUGGCUCUGGCGGCGGCGGGGCGGGGCCGCGCACGCCCACCUGCGCAGGUGCCAGCGGUCAUUGCUGCCCAGGGUCUAGGACACGCCCAAUUUGCAUGGACACGCCCCUUUGUCAUUAGACACGCCCAGGGGGCGGGGACAUGCCUAUUUUGCAUGGACACGCCCACCUGGACACUCCCCUUUGUCAUUAGACACGCCCACCUGACUUACCUGGACACGCCCACUUUGCAUAGACACGCCCACCUGACAUGCCCCUUUGUCACCUGGACACACCCCUUUGUUAUUAGACACGCCCACUUUGCAUAGACACGCCCAAUUUGCAUAGACACGCCCA